AUGGGUGUUCGAAGACCUACUAUUCCUGGUAUUCUACCAAUAGAUAAUCUUACUUCCAAUAACAACAAUAAUAAUACCAAUAAUAAUUCUGAAAAUACUAUUAGCAAUUCCAAAAAAAGAAGACAUAGAGUUAGCAAUAAUUAUAAUACUAAUACAAGAUCCACCAAACGAUAUAAACAAAGGCGAGAUAAAUCGGUACCUAAUAAAAUGCCUGAGUUAACUAAAAAUAUUUUAUUAACUUCAUCCCUAGAUGACAUUCAAGAAAUUAAACAUUCUAAUAGAGAUAGCAGGAGAAACAUUGGGAAUAAUAAUAAUGGACUUUUAUUUUCCUCACCCAAAGCUGAUUCAAAAUCAAAUGAUAAUGAAAUUCUGACCAUAACGAAGGAAGAAGAAACUGAUCAACGAGAUAGUUCUACUAAUCCAAUACUAAUUGAUAGUAACCCAGUAACUCAAACUUCAAAUACUCACAAUUUAAUAGAAAAUACCAACAAAAAUAGUCAUAAUCAUUCUAGACAAAAAGUUUUACAUUUUCAUGGACGAUUAAGGUUCGUUAUCGCAAGAAAUAGUGUCACUGAAAAACUUAAUCUUAAGAUGACUUUUAAAUUUUCAGUGGAAGGGUUUUCUGCAAAGUUGAAGUUUGUUAAUUUGCCAAGUUCAGAUAAAUCAUCAAAUAAUGAUACUUAUGAAAUUAAAAACUCUUCCAUUAAUUUAUUUGUUGAUAUUAGAAAAUUAAUAUUUGAUAAAGAUUGGAAAUCAUUGGGGAUAAUUUUGAAAAAACCAAGAAUUGUAGAUUCAAGAUCCUCAGAUACUUCUAAUAAAAAACCAAUUAAAAAUUUUUUAUGGAUUGCUGAUACAAAUAUUACCUCUGAUUUAACUAAGCUCGCAAAUCAAUCACACUCAGCUACUUUAAAAGAUUUAUACAAUAGCUUAAAAAACAAUCCUCAUUCUGAUUCUAUCGUUAUGGAAAUAGUACAGAAAAGAUCUGAUAUUUCCAACUUUAUGUACCGAUAUGAGGUACAAUCAACUACAAUGUCUGACUUUAUAGAUUUAAAAGAAGAAAAGAAUAUCAAACCGACACCUCCAUCUGAAAACUCAACUAAAACUCUAACAAAUUUUACAGUCACAAAACAAAUUAAGCAACUUAAACCUGUGUCAUCAUUAUCAACAUCGAUAGGAACAAAGAAAAGUCAUUUUUGGGAAAAAAAUAAUUUUUCUUCCUUGAGAAGUUCAUCAUCGCAUAAUAAUUCUAACCAAUCAAAUUUUAGUACCAACCUUAAGGUAAAUUCGCGCCCCAUAUCGAAUGGCUUGAGCAAUUAUACUGCUACAAGAAUUGCAAAACCGACAUCACAACUAUUAUCUGAAGAACUUUCUUCUAAUGCAGUUGCAACCUCACAUUCCAUUAAACCAUCCGCAUUCUAUUCAAAAAGUACCGAUCCUAAUGAUACUGAAGCUACAAAAGAUUAUUUAUUUAACGGGAACUAUCAAUACUCUAAUGAAGCAUCAAAUCAUCGUGCUCCCAAUAGUACUAAAGUAGAUUGCCAAUCAUCGCUAGAUUCACGACAUACAAGAUCAACGACUAGCUCUAUAGGUAACCGAAAGAUCCAUAGAUCUAAUGAUUCAACCCAUAACGAUGAAGCAGUGUAUGAGACUCCAGUACCAUUUAAACCAAGACUAAAUUAUAAAUUUUCUGAUAACACUAGCUAUACGAUUACUAAUCAGGAUUUUAAAUGCUUAUAUAACAACGAUUGGAUCAAUGAUACAAUUAUAGACUUCUUUAUUAAAUAUUAUGUCGAUCAGUCAAUUCAAAACAAUAUUAUUAAAAAAGAUGAAAUUUCAAUUAUGACUUCAUUCUUUUACACCAAAUUAAUAAGUACAAAGGAAAAUUAUUAUGAAAAUGUAAAAAAAUGGGUAAAUAAUUCAAAUCUUUUUGAUAAAAAAUAUAUCAUUAUUCCCAUUAAUAUGAAAUAUCACUGGUACUGUUCAAUUAUUAUAAAUAUGAAAGAAAUCAAUCAAUAUUUAAAAAGGAAAAAAUCUAUUCAUGAUUUCCAAAUGUCCAAGGGACAUACAAAUGAAUAUUUAAAAAAAGCUACACCAGAUGAUGAUAAUACAACCGGGGCUGAAUUGAAACUGGAAAGUGAAAUACCUGAUAAUAACAAGCCCAAUGUUACCAACCUUCAAAAUAAGGACAAGAAGGGGAUUGAAGACUUAAUCUCAGAGGUAGGUAAUGACUCUGCUUUAAUUAAUCUAUCGACUUCCGAAAGCUUGGAACAAACAACAUCCCAUAAACUAUCUGCCUCUCCAGAACAAGCAAUUUCUAACGAUUCUGAGAAUUUGGAAUUAAGAAGAGAAUCACAAAAUAUUACUGAUAAUACUGAAAUUAAUACUGAAAUUAAUACCGAACUCUCCACUGAUAUCAAUAAUUUAGAUCUCGAUAUGCCACCAAUCUGUAUUUUAACUUUUGACUCUUUAAGGCAAACACAUACGAAAGAUAUCGAACCAAUAAAAGAGUUUUUGAUCAGUUAUGCCAAAGAUAAAUACGGAUUUUCAAUUAGUAAAUUUAAUAUUAGAAUGAAGACAUGCCAAGUUCCUCUACAGCCAAAUUUCAGUGACUGUGGUGUCCAUGUUAUACUAAAUAUCAUGAAGUUUUGUCAAGAUCCUUCAUCAACUAUAAAUUUCUGGUAUUCAAUUAAGAGUAAAAAUAGAAGUUCAAGUAAACUAGUUAAUCAAUAUUUUGAUAAACGAAAAAGAUCAAUAGCAAGACUCACAUUAAGAGAUGUUCUGUGGGAUCUACAACAUAAACAAAUUAUUGGAAUGAAAGAAAAUAAUGAACAAGCUCCAGAAUCUGAUGAUUCUGAAAAUAAUGAAGAAGAUAUCGAAAUUAUCGAAGAAGUUUCAAUCAAUAAACAUAAUACUGAAAAUAAGAAGGCUAAAUUAACCGAACAUUCUACAAGUAAUAAACAAAUGACAGAACAGAAGGAUAAAAAAGCAAUCUCAGCUCCUGACAAUUCUAAUCUCCCAAACAUAAAUCAGAAGUUAUUAAUAUCAGAUAUUCCUGCAGCAUUACUUGGAAAAAAUAAUGAUAAAGAUAAAAUUUCAGAUACAGGCAAACCCGGAGUACUACUUAACAACUUGGUCACGACUGUUGAUAUCAAAUACGAUGAAAAUAAUAAUCGAUUAUCGAAUGAAGAAAAAAGUAAAAGUGUUGGGAACUUCCCAAAAGAAGAUAGACGAUUAGAUCACCAAGAUAAUUUAUCUGAUCAUAGUGAAAGUGGUGAAAACAUCAAAUGGAGUACCCCUUCUCCAAAAUCAACACAGUCUUUAUCAUUGAAAGAGAAAUUUCAGUACACAAAAGUGGAUGCUAAUAUAAGAAUAAAUGACGAAAUCGUAAGCAAUUCUAAAAGUCAUUUUACUGAUAAACUGAAUACAUAUACCGGGCGCAAAGGAGAUGCUGACCUCACUAUAAUUUCUGACAACGAUUUUCAUUCUGAUAGUAAAAAUUGUGAUUCACAGCUCGACAUUGAUUCAUCAUUGAGUGAAGUGGAACUACAACCAUCUGAUGAAACUCUGAGUAAUCUUGAUACUCACCUCAAUGACCAUAAUUUGCCAUCAGAUGUCGAAGAUAAAGAAGUUAUAUCUAUUGAAGACAAUAAUUUAAGUGUUGAUCAAGCUUCAAAUACCUUGCCAAAGCUAUAUAAUUCUAAAAGAAGAUAUUUGGAUAGUUCACCAAGAGCAUCACCAGCAACUUCACAGAUUGUAACUAUAAAAAGUAAGACAGGCCAAAAUUCCCCAUAUUUCAGCACUGAAUACCUGAAAACUAGACAGAAACAAAUUGAAAGUUUCGAAAAACUAAAACCUUCAUUUGAUGAAGCUAAGAGAUACUUGGAUAAAAUAAACACGCACUCUUCUCCAAUAUCUUCAAAAAAUAAUACCCAAUUUUUUGUUAACCAAAAACUAGAACCUCAAUUUAGCCUAAAUCAUGAACCUAUUACUUUUGCUCUUAAUAGGUCACACUCUAAUUCUCCAGAUGAAAACCUACCAAAAGACCCGCAUAUUCAAAUAAAUGUUGUUGAUUUGUCAUCCCCCCUAAGACCUGAUAGCCCAAUUGAGAAAUUUAGAGAUAAUGAAACCCAUACAACUAAAAUUAAUAACUAUGACCAACAUCUGAACAACAGAAUACAAAAAAACUUCGAAUCAAGUUCUAAUUCAUCUCAUACUAGAAAAUUCACUACGACGAACUACCACGAUAAAGAGCAUAUUCAGGGAGAGCCUACUGUACGCUUUAAAGCUGAUACUUCUGCCUCAUCACCAGAUAAUACUUUGAGCAGUUCUCCGAAUCUUGAUGAAGAUCAAAACAACUUAGUAACACAACCUUCAAAUACAGAAUCACCUGAAGGCAACACACCUACAUAUUCAUUUCCUAAUAACAAUGAAAUUGUAAACAUCGAUGAUCCUAUUGAAAUCAUAGACCCCUCGGAAUAA